CGGGCGGGGGGCGGCCGCCGCGGGGACGGCGAUGAUCGUGCUGGGCCGCGUCUCAGGCGCUCGCUGAAGGCGCUGCCCGCCCGGCCAUGGCUCUGAGGGAGCUGAAAGUUUGCCUUCUGGGGGACACUGGUGUGGGGAAAUCAAGUAUUGUGUGGAGAUUUGUUGAAGACAGCUUUGAUCCCAACAUCAACCCAACAAUAGGAGCCUCAUUUAUGACCAAGACUGUACAGUAUCAAAAUGAGCUGCAUAAAUUCCUGAUUUGGGAUACAGCUGGACAGGAGCGGUUUCGUGCUUUAGCCCCGAUGUAUUACCGUGGGUCAGCAGCAGCCAUUAUAGUGUAUGACAUCACAAAAGAGGAAACUUUCUCAACGUUAAAGAACUGGGUGAAAGAGCUUCGCCAGCAUGGACCUCCCAACAUUGUUGUAGCUAUUGCAGGAAAUAAGUGUGAUCUUAAUGAUGUCAGAGAAGUCAUGGAAAAAGAUGCUAAAGACUAUGCAGAUUCCAUUCAUGCAAUAUUUGUAGAGACAAGUGCAAAAAAUGCAAUAAACAUUAAUGAACUCUUUAUAGAAAUUAGUCGCAGAAUUCCAUCCACUGACACCAACCCUGCAUCCAGUGGGAAGGGCUUCAAACUUCGACGACAGCCAUCGGUGACAAAGCGCAGCUGCUGUUGACUGACCCCUUAGAAAAUCAAACUUGUUUAUACAGUAGGUGGUCUUGGAAGUUAAUAGUUCACGUUGGGUUUAUAUUAUCAGUCUUAGAUCUUUAUCUGCUGGUGUUCACACACCCGAGGUCCCCCAAGAAGGGACGGGCUCACCGGACACCUGCACGCGCAGAAAGGACUGCGGUGGUCAGGGCAGCCUGCUGCCUCCCUCAGCGUGCAGUGUCUCUUGCAUUCAAAGGGAAUCCAUCAUCACUUUUUUGGCCUUGCUUGAUUGGAAGGUGACUACGUGGAUGGUAGAACUGAAAUGUUUUCAUAGUUUUGUAAUCAAGGUUUCGGGAGGUUUUUUGUAAAAAGGGAAAUGAGCACUUUUGUGGGAGAUUGGGUUAGGAGGAGUCUGGAAGUUAGAUGUCAUUUCUUCCUUUUCUUCAGUGAGCCUUAUUUGAAAUUUUGGUGUAGCUAAUCCAAAGUAUGACGGGAUAGUUGAUGUGAGAUGGCUACAGAAUAAGGAACUGAAGAGAAAUAGUAGGCAAAUCAGUCCAUCCAGUCCCCAAAUCCCAUUUGCACUUUUUAUUUAAGAAUGAUCUGCACUGGGGAAGGGGACACAAGCAACAAAUCUUAAACCACAGACAAUCUUCUUUUUCAUGCUGACUGUAAUCACUUUAAGGCAAACUGGUAUGCUUAUAGGCAUCUUUUUUGUUGUUACAAGUUUUUUCAAUAUUAGAAUGUCAGUUGAAGAAAAUUACUUGUAGAUCUGACUAAAUUAAGUGGUUACUGACUAAAAAGAGAUGCUGGAAACAGAUGCUGCCAGUGGUUCUGAUAAGACCUACAAGUUUUUGGGGAAAGCUUUUAAUUGCUUGGCAUGUGUAAAGUGUUCAUAUUAUAUUUAUGAGACCAGUGUUUAAAGUGUUAUAAAUUAUGUAAAAAAUAAUACAAUCUUCUACACUCCUUCCAUUCCACACCUAGGGAUAAACUCUUGGGGAAUCUCCUCAGGGUUUUUUUCCUGCAUUUUAGGUAUUGUCACUGUGAGUUCAUCCAGAGGCAGAUGAAAUUCUUUCUCUUUCAAUGACAUUUGAAAGGGCCAAUAAAAAAAUCCUGUUGGGGCAGCACGAGGCCUGUCUGUUAAAGAUGCUUUCAUCUGGGGUGCACCCAGCCUUUCCUAUUUUGGGCACAAAAAUACACAUAGGAAGUAACCUUAAGACGUGGUAAUGUAGAUCAUUACCUCUUGGUUCCUGGGGUUUCUCGUCUGUGAAGGUUUUUAGCAAAUCAGUGUUUAGCUUAUUCUGUAUGGGUUUUAGUAAGCUUUCAAUUAAACUCUAGGUUGACCAUACCUGUUUGUGCUAUUUUAUUUAUUUUUAUUUUUUGUUUCUUACCAGCACUAGUGAGAAACUUUUAUACUUUUGAAGAAAAAGAGCUUAAUAGACUUGAGUAUAUACUAAAAUAUGCUGGUUAGCUUUAGUAUCAAACUGAGGUCAUGAUGAUGCUUACUCUUUUUUUUUAAUCUGGUUUUCUAUCAUCUCAAGUAUUUUCUCUGAAGGAAAUGUAGGAAAAUUUGUAAGAAAUGAAAGGCCUUGUACUUCAGAUUCAUUUGUUAGUGAAAAUUCUUGGAGAGCUGGAGCAAAACAGGCAAACUGGUACAGUGAGGUUUUUGGACAAGUCAGUGAGCUUAAUGAUAUUUGGUGACUACAUUUUUGUCAUGCCUUUUCCUUACCCUGCCUGCAUUGCCAAUUCUGCCUUCUUUGCCAUAGUCCUACAAGCUCCAUGCUUCUAGAGAGCCCAAGAAAUCCAACUUCAUGGGUAUGCACCCUAUGCUUUCUGCAGUCCUGAUCUUGAAUUACUGCAGGUAAUGUGUAACAGAUUGUCCCAUCUGCCAGCCCUGGAGUGAGGCUGUGAGGCCUAAUACCUGCCUAUUUAAAAAGACAGAUAGUUGAUAGAAGUUCUUCUGAGUCCAGAUAAGUGAUUAUUAAUCACUGGCCCUGCUGAAAGCUGGAAUGCAAUCUUCCCUGCAUGAGAUGCACAUGCUUAUUGUUUCAUUUUUGGAGGAGAAAAAAGGUUUCUUUUGUAUUAAUAAUUUGUUAGGUCAGCUGCUUUGAUCUUGCACUAGGCUUGCUGGAAUUUAUUUUAUUUUGUCCUAACACGGCUCCUCUAUUUGGAGACACAUUGGUUUUGGAGUGCUGAUUAUCAACCAUUCCAGCUAAAUUUUUAGUAACUUUUUUCCUGGUAAGAAAUUGUUUAAAAAGCUCAGGAUUAAAGUUUUAUUUCACCAUGUCUUUCUCUCUAAUGAGUGGAGCUCAUCAGAGAGACUCAACUUUCAGAUACUGUCAAAGGGAAUUUCACAAUCUCAGAAUGGUUCAGGUUGAAAGGGAUCACAGUGGGUCAUCUGGUUGAACCUCCCUGCUCAAGCAGGGUCAUCCCAGAGCACAUUGCACAGAUUAAUUUCUGCAGAAAGGACAAAAGUGUCAUGUAUGUAAAAAUGUAACGAGGUGUAUGUUAUAUCAUUGAUCCAAAACAUUUUUAGCUGAAAAAAUAUGACUAUUGCAACUUCUAAACACCACCACUUCUUUCUCAUGAAAGUUAUAGAAUUGAACAAAAGCAUAAUUUGAUAAAUACUUCAUUCUUAAGCUUUGGAGCAACUUGAAUGUCCUCUCCAGGUUUUGGAAGGUGUCUUCAUCUGACCCUCUGUUAAAACAGUCACUUGGCUGACUUGCCAUGCUCUCAGUCUGUGCUGUAGGUAGUUUUGUAGGAUAUUUUAUAUACAUGCUGAAAACUGGCAUAUCAAGUACUCAAGCAGAUGAAAUUUGGAAGCUGAAAUUUAGUAGCAUCUAGUAAUCAUACUACUGAAAAUUGUUAUAGGUGCUUUGAAAAGUUCUAAGACAAUUCUAACAGCUUUUGCUGUUGCUGUGAAGGUCAAGACUUUGUUUUAGGUCCAACAAAUCACUGCACUCCAGAUCCCUGCUGACAUCAGUGAGACCCUUCCUUUAAGUGCUGCAGGAUCACAGUUAAUGGUUUAGAAGGAUGUUUGUGCAGACUGGAGUUUUUGAUGUGUUGCUUUACAUUUAAUGCUACCAGCCUGCUCAAGAAGGAUUAUUUAUUUGUUUGGGAGGAGAGUAAGAGGAGAGGAGACAGGACCUACUUAUUGAUUUGGAAGUCUAAUCCUUUAACCUGGUUGAGGGAGAACAACAUUGUUGUUAAACUUCAUUUUAAUUAUUAAAAAGUAAUUCACAGUGAAAAUCUUGAAUGGUUUAAAAGUUGGCCUCAGCAAGAUUUUUGUGUUGCACUGUUAAGCUUAAGUUAUUCCUUCACAUUAGUGUUUAAUUCCAGUAUAACACAUUAUUCACUGGAAAAGGAAGCUUUAGCAGUGAUGUUUGAAUUACUUGCUUGUGAAACAGUCUUUAGUGUGUGCUAAGGAUGGUGUAGGCUAUUUGUGGUGUGCUGUGUCAGCAAUCUGCACAGGAAUGGAUGAUUUACAGGACAGAAGCUGUCAGAACAGUGGAGCUGCUCACCCUGGAGUGAACCUCACUCAGCAGCAAUAGCUACAGACAAGCAGGGCAAAAUCAUCUCCAACAUGAGGAGAACCUGCAUAAUUCACUGGCUUCAACUUCUACAUUGCCUGCUCAUUUUGGGAAAAGGCUUCAUGUAUCUCUCCUGCAUACUUGCAGCUUCUAAAAAGGGCCUUUUGGUUCAUAGUUGAGAGAAAAGGACAAAAUUUCUUAACUUUUCUAGCAGGAAGUCAUUGUACAGCCACCUGAGAUGGUUACUCAAAGCAGAAUUGUGUACUUGGAAUUAAGUCUCUAAAAAAUCUGCAAAAAAUUCCCUAUAGAAAACUGUUGAUGUUUUAUGUUCAGGUCCCAUCUCUGGUAGUAGAUCACAGCCUAGUGAUGGUAGGUGAUAGAAGAUUUACAGAAAUAUGAUGAUUGUGUGAAUUACCAAUAUAAGAUGGAAAUACAGGUUCUAGUACUAAAAUAGUCAUGUUACCUUUCCUUUGGGUCAUAUGGCUCAGGCUUGUCAAAAGGAAUAUGCUUGAAAAUACAAAAAUUCAGGUGCCAAAACGUUAUUCCCUAAAAUUAUUUAGGACCUCUCACACUGUUUGUUUCUGAAAAAUCCCUUCUGAUAUUCUGGAGUCUCAAAAGUCUAAAUGUAAAUCACUUCUUGUUCAGCUACAGUCAAAAAUGCAUGACUUGGAAAAAAAUCAAACAAAUAUUACCAGGCUUUAUCCCUGAAGUGUCACAGAGAACAAAUCUUUCAAGGGAUAUAAGACUAUCCUGAAAUCCAAGAAUACUGAUGGGCUUAGCCUCUGACAUGUCAAAAUGUUCUAGGGUCAGCUUUUUCCUCCUUCCCCCCCACUCUCUUUCCUGCCACCCCACCCAACCUUGAAUUUUUAACAUAAUGUUGUCAGAGUGUCCAUGCUAUAAAGAGCUAUUCAGAAAUACUUAGAAAAGUUCUAAUGGCUGAGAGUUACUUGGUGCUCCCUAUUUUACAUGAAGAAUUGAGGCAGUUGUAUUCUCAGUCUAGAAUAAAGAUAUCUUGAAGAAACAAUUUUGCUGUUCCUGUUAAUCAACCUGCAAAUUGAGGUUCCUAAAUUUUUGCUUAAACACUAACUAGAAAUUUUAUUUAAGGAGCUAAUGACCUUUAUAAAGAUUUUCUUUUAAGAAGGUUAGGGUUUACUUUGCUUGGUUUCUCUUGAUGUUUUCACACAUGUAUUAUUGAACAAACCAGCUUUUUCAAAUGUUGAAAGACACAGACCACUCUUCUGUCAUGCUCUUCAUCACUUUGGGUGUAAUGCACCAUCCAGUUGCUGCACUUGAACAUUCUGUAACUCUGACACCUUGAUACUAUCUUGCCUCACUUUUACUCAUGUUACAGUAUGUAUUUCCUAUUAAAUCCAUUAUGUUUUCUUGGCAAUUUGUUCUUUGUUUCCUUAUGGGAUUUAGACAAUGGUAGGUGCUGAGUGUCUCUUCUGCCACAAAGUUGUAGAAGUAUUUGUCACAGGAGCAAAUAUUUGUAGGCAAAAUGGUAAUUCAUUAGCACAGCCUUAUGAAACUGUUACAGCAGCUGAGACCUGUGCCAUGACUGUAUUUUACCACAUAAUGAAGGCUAAAAGCACAUUCACCUGGAGCAGCAAGUUAUUGUAAGCUUCUAGUCAAUUCUUCUGUAUUUUACCUUUCUUUCUUGCACUUCCUCUUUCUGAAAUUGUGUAUCCAGCACUGACACUGUGAUGGUGAAUUAACUGAUUUAAGGCACAGAAGUGGAUUGCAUUUCUGUAGCUAAGAUGCUUAAGACUUCCUGGCAAUCCUUCCACUUGUACCCACCACACUGAGGACAGUGAAGGAAAAAAAAGGAUUUUUUUCUGAACGAGAAACUGCAUUCGUGUGUUCAGGACACAAAAAUAACCUGAUAUGCAUAGAGCUCUUGCAGUGUAGUAAAUGUUUGCCUGUAAAAUGUGUCAAGGUUAACCUUUGUAUCAGCAAUUCUUGUCACUCAUAACAUUCUGCCUUUUCAUUCUAGGAUGGGGUUAACCUGUUACAAAGGUUGAAAGGUCUGUGCCUUGUUACUAUAUUAUCUCUUACUAAAACAAACUUAAGCCGCUCAAAGUUACAGAGCAUUUGCAGCACUGUAAACUGCACAAAUUUCCAACCAUUGCUUCACUGCAUGAAGUGUAGUCAGAUUACUAGUGAUGAAAUAUUGUAGUGAUGAAUUCCCAAGCUUAUGAAUGUUUUGAGACUUUUUUUUUUUAGUCUUCUCUUGGGCUGGUCCUGAGAGUGUGUACAGGUUUGUCUGUAUUGUUGGUUUGUAGAUGCUAAUGAGGAAAACCAGGCUUUUGUUCUCUCCUUUUUGGUUGAAUUGUUACACUCCCAUAUAGUGCAUAGAAUGCAAAUAAAGAAAUGUUGAUUUGACAUAAUCUAAACAGCCUUUUCAGCCUAAGCAUUCAUAAUAAACUUUUAUAGUGUAAUAACAUGCUAAAUCACUACCAGUCUGAUGUAUUGUGCAAAAAAAAAAAGGUGUAAACAUUUUAUUAAUAAAAAGCUUUGUUUAUAAA